CCUGGCUGCACUUCUCCUAGACCCCAUUUAAGGGCUGACUGUGACUGGGGGAAGGGUCUCUUUAUGGAGCUCCCUCCUUUUGGAAUUUUCUACUGUGAGCCUAGGUCACGGAAAACAUGAAGAAACCCUGGAGCCCUGACUUACUGGCUUCUAAUCACUCAUACAAUUUGGCUUUUGCAUCCAUCCCAGAUGUCCCAGGCAGGGAUAGUGAGAAAGAAUUAGCAACUGAUAGCACUGAAGAAAAGAAGGAGAGAGAAAAGAAGCAGACCAAUUUCACUUUGUGCAAUGUUUGUAAUAUUCAGCUGAACUCUGCUGCUCAGGCACAAAUCCACUACAAUGGUAAAUCCCAUCAGAAGAGGUUGAAACAGCUCAGCAAUGGAAAUCUCAAAAGUGAUAAUGGUGGUACAUGCCAGAGUCCUGCUCUUCCAGCCCUAGUGCGUCCUCCUGCUCCACCUUUGCAGCCAUCGCUGGAUAUUAAACCAUUUCUCCCAUUUCCUCUGGACACUGCAGCAGCAGUCAAUCUCUUCCCCAACUUCAAUGCAAUGGACCCAAUUCAGAAAGCUGUAAUAAAUCAUACAUUUGGGGUCCCUCUUCCUCAUCGAAGAAAGCAAAUCAUAUCAUGCAACAUUUGCCAGCUGAGAUUUAAUUCUGAUAGCCAGGCUGCGGCCCACUACAAAGGCACUAAACAUGCCAAGAAGCUCAAAGCACUGGAAGCCAUGAAAAAUAAGCAGAAAUCUGUUACUACCAAGGACAGCGCAAAGACUACCUUCACUUCCAUCACUACCAAUACCAUCAAUACCAGCUCUGACAAACCAGAUGUUACCGCAGGGACACCAGCAAUAUCAACGACAACAACCGUGGAAAUCCGGAAGAGCAGUGUUAUGACAACAGAGAUCACCUCUAAAGUGGAGAAAAUCCCCACGACAGCCACUAGCAGCACGACAUGCCCUUCCGUUGAGACUGAGGAAGAAAAAGCAAAAAGACUGCUGUACUGUUCACUAUGCAAAGUCGCUGUCAACUCUGCCUCGCAACUGGAGGCGCACAACAGUGGGACUAAGCACAAAACUAUGCUGGAAGCUCGGAAUGGAAGUGGAACCAUAAAAGCCUUUCCCCGGGCAGGCGUAAAAGGCAAAGGACCUGUGAAUAAAGGAAACACAGGCCUUCAGAACAAAACAUUUCACUGUGAAAUAUGCGAUGUGCACGUAAACUCUGAGACACAACUGAAACAGCACAUAAGCAGUAGAAGGCACAAAGACAGAGCUGCUGGGAAGCCACCUAAACCUAAAUACAGCCCAUACAACAAACUCCAAAAGGGAACACAUCCUCUAGGGGUAAAAUUAGUAUUUUCAAAGGAACCUUCAAAGCCGAUGGCUCCAAGAAUCUUACCAAAUCCACUAGCAGCUGCAGCAGCAGCUGCUGCUGUGGCUGUGAAUUCCCCCUUCAGUCUUCGAACAGCCCCAGCAGCCACCCUUUUCCAGACUUCAGCACUUCCUCCAGCACUCCUACGACCAGCUCCGGGGCCUAUACGGACCACCCAUACUCCUGUGCUGUUUGCUCCUUACUGAACUCCAAACAGGAAACAAUUGUACUGCAAUAAUUUUUCAAAUCAAAACAAACAAAAAAGAAAACCAAGAACAUUGAACUAUGCAGUGUUUAUUUAUAGUUUAAAGCAUAUAUGAAGAGCCAGGACUUUUGAUAGAGAACUGAACAAAUUCUAAAUGGGGGAAUGGGCAGUAUUUUCUCCAGAUGAGAGCAUUCCUCUUAAGUAUUGAUCGUUUUAGAACUGAUCUCCAGCAUUGAUAUAGUGAUAUAUAAAACUUAUGAAGCCUUUUGACUGUGCUUUUUGGCACAUAUUUCCCUGCAAUGUCUUUCCUGCUUUAUGAAACAACUUACAAAUUUGUCUGAAGGGCAUUAACUGGUUCCAAUGUACAUAAAAUACUUUAUUCUGUAGAUUAAAGAAGAAGGAAAAGAAAAGAAACACUGUGAAUAGUAGUACCUUACCAAUCCUCCUGCCAAAUCAGCGGUUACUGGGUAUUUAUCUGAACAAAAGUAGAUACAAUAGAUGUCUUGUAAAACAGUAGUAUUGUGUCUCUAUCUAUGCCACUAGGUUUCUAACUGCAUUGCAAAAGUUAAAAUGAACAAAAUAUGUCACAAAAAAAAAACAAAAAACAAAAAACACACACACACACAAAAAGACAAUAAUGUGGAGUUGUUCCUGGUGAGAAAAAAAUUGUUUUCCUCACCUGCUGAAGAAUGGGCAUGAAGGUAAUUUAUGGUUAAGAUAAGAUAAAUGAUCAAGAAAAUUUAGUGGGAAAAAAAAAUAAAUCAAAUGCUGUACACAGAAUAGGUCAAACUUCUAUUUAAAUGAGAUCAUAUGUGUACAGUUCCAAACUGUAAUACAUACAGUACUGUUCAAAGUUUAAGGCCAGUGGAUAGCAAAAAAUACAGUCUUGUUAUGAAACAGGCCUGACACUUCAGUGUUGAGCAGAGGGAAGACACAAGUGGGUUAUGCAUAGUCAUACCUAGCAAAUUAAUAUCAAGAGAGAGAUCCUGGCUUCAUUUAAGUCAGUAUAAAAUUCCUCCUGACUGCAGUGUAGCCAGAAUUUCAUCCUGAGAAUGGCACAUAUUCUUUUUAUAUCAUACCAGUGGGAGUGUCUGUAGAUACAGGUAAUAUUUUUUUUUUGCAGUAGGCUUAGUUUUAGAAACAGAUUUAUUCUCUUGUUUUAUUUCCUACUGAUGUGAUAUAAAAUGUUUUAGUAUACCUAUAAAAUGUAAACAGCAACACAAGAUACAUAUUAUGAGAUAACUGCACAUUGUGGGUUUGGAACAAAUACAACCUUUAGGAGCUGAAGGGACCCUUGAAUUCUGUAGCUGACCAUUAUGUAUGGACAGCAUAAAGCCUUAUAUGUCUACUGUGAGGCUUAAAGGGGUUGACUGUGUCCCUUUAAAAUAAGAUUUAUCAGGGUUAUAUAUAGAUAUAUUGUAUAUAUGUUAGAGUAAGAAAAAUAACUUAUAAACAGAAAAUCUACUAUAUAAAAUAAUUAUAUAACCAUUGAGUUUCACAUGUGGGUCAUUAUGUGAUAAGUAACAAACAGCAGAGAAAAAAAAUAGUUGUCUUGAAUCUGAUUCUUGCUGCCUGCUUUUUCCCAUAGAGAGCUGAAAAGUAUCUAUUAAUAUUACAGAGUGUGUUGCUGAAUCACUUGUGACCACUCUGAUGUGUAGCUAAGUGAAAUGCCUACCAUACAUUUAGAUGGAAUAAAAAUUAAAAACAUAAUUUAAGUUUAGAUUGGGAAAUGAUUUAAAAAAUUCUGUUAAAUGGUAGUAAUGCAAAAUAUUGACCACGCGGUUGCUAUUUAAUACUGCCUGUGGUUAAUAUGGACUGGUGGGAGAUAUAGAGGAUGGGAAUAUACAGCACUUUUGACUUGCAGUUCAUCAGUGAGCCUUCCAUAUAUGUUGGUAUUUGCCAUUUUUUAAACCUCUCUGCAUAUAGAUUUUAUAAAUAUAUAUAUAUAUAUAAAGAGAGAAAGAGGUUCCAUGGAUGUCUGUGUCCAAAGAAUUCCAAAGAGAUGCAUUUAUUUAUCUAGAAUUAUUAAAAUAAUUUCUAUAUUAUGUAUAUGUUUUUCAUCGAGUUUAUUUGCAAAUGUUUGUGCCUUGAAAUGAAGUAGGCUUUUGGUUAUAUUUAAUUCACUCCAAUGUAGCCAUGAAAUAGAUGUGAAAUAGAUGCGUUAGGGCUGGUUAUUAGCUGGAUUAUUUUGCCCAGUUUCCAAAAAAGAGAAGAGAAUGAGUAAAGUUUAGGCACCGAAAUAACUGGGGGCUGACAUCUAAAAGGGCUCCCUACUCUACAGCUCCCAGUAAAGAGGCAGACCAGCUUUCAAAACCUGUGCUAAUCACUCAGAAUUUAGAAAAUCUUUCCACUUAUGUGGGUACAUAAACAUUGUGUUGUCAGGUGAAGCUUCUCUUUAAAAACUCUUAGGCUUGGUCUUUAAAACUAGUUUCAACUUUCCUUUUUUUUUUUUUUGCAGAAGAUGUAGUGCCAUUGCCAGUUGUGUGCAGAUUCUUCCUCAAGUAGGGCACUGGUUUUCCAAAUGUGCUCCUUCAGCCACCGUGUAUCUGCAGAGCUUUCUGUAACAGCCUAUGUAAUAAAACAUUUGCAGAACAAGCAGAGGAGGGCUGGGGUGGGAGAGGCCUGAGCAGAAAAUCUUUUCCCCAGGAAAUGCAGACAGGAGAAAGGGAGACCUACUAAUAUCCUAUAGGCUUUUACGUACAGCCUUAUGGUACGUGGGCACCUGCUGUAUAUCCUGCCAUGUUGUCAUGAUGCCACCAAAAUCAACAGGCUGAUCCUUUCAUAAUGUGGCCUGUGGCAUGUAUGGAGGCACAGUACUAAAUGCAGAAUUAAUAAAAGUUUUGGUAGAAAUAAAAAGAGUGUCAUUCCAACUACUUACAUGAGUUAAUUCGCAAUGACACCUUAAGUUUUCUUGGACCUCUUUUGUCACAGUGCUCUAUGGAACAAGUUUUUGUUCACACAAGUCUCUUUUAAAUUUCAGCUGUAAACAGACUCAGUUCUUUUUAUGUCUCUUACUCACUACCUAAUAAAAGAUAAAGACUAAAUGUUAGAAUGUAUAGUGGAUUUUCUGUGCCUUGCUGUUCCACCCCCUUUUGGUCAGUACAAAAUCAAUGACCCUGGAAUGUUAGCACAAAGAUAUUAUACUAAAUAUAUGUCAGAGAAAACACUGGCACAGCAAUGUGAUUGGACAAGGGUAUAUCCACAGUAGCUGAAAAAGGAGCUAGCAAAUAGAAGACACUUUACACUUACCUAUCAACACAUUCACUGUGGAAAGCACUAUAAAAACAAAAUGUGUCACUAUAUUUCAUAAUACAGUAACACUCCAGGGCUGGGAAGAAACCUAAAGCACAAGGAAACAGAUAAUUUCACUGAAAAUACAGUCACUCACUGGAAUAACAGUGUGAAAUCAGCCUGCAGGGAAAUGGUUGGGUAUGAACUCAGAAAAACAAAUAGGAUCAGGGAUAUUUUCUUAAAUUCUAUAUUAAAUGUUAAAGAAUGACUAUUCUAUUCUGACCCAGAGAGAUGGUAUUUUUGUGGGAGGGAUAUAUAUUUAUAUUUUUACACUAUCUGCAUUUUUCCAACUAUCUCUGGCUUUAAACCUUUGUUCUGAAGGUUCAUCAUUGCUCUGAAACAUGAAAUCGGUUACCUUCUUGAAAGCUGCUGUAAAAGCUGAUGUGAGAGGUUGGUAAGCAAAUGGUAUGAAUAUGGUGAUCUGAAAUGAACUGGAAGAAAAAAAAAGAAAUGGCCAUGUCAAGGAAUAUUGUAUUUGAAAAGUAUACAUCUUUAUUUUAAAAUAAAAAUAUAUGAAAUUAAAAAUAGCUAAAUAAAGUUAAUAUAACUAGAAGAAUUACAUCUGUCAUUUUAGUACUGGGAUAUCACAAUUGGCGCUGUAUUUUAAAAGAUGAAAAAAGUCUUUAGCUGUUAAGCAACAGAAGGAUGCUAUGGGAAAAAUUAAUGUCUCGCACUCAUUAUCUUCCAGUUAUGCCAGGAAUGCUGUGACUGAAUGAACUUGCUUAUAAUCACUUAUACUCUAGGCCCCAAUUAUAGCUAAGAGUAUUGGUUCGAUAUUCCCUGAAAGCUGAAAUUAUAUUUCUUAGGUCUCUCUGCAUCUGCCUUCUGCUCCCUGUAAAUGCAUAGCUUUUAGAUUCUCUCUGAAGCAUCUUGAAGAACUUCUACCAUAAUAUCUCCCAUUUUUUUUGCAAAAAUAAAUAUGAUUUAUGAAAAUAAGACAAAUAUUGAGGAGCAAGACUUGAAAAGGUUUUUCUACAUACACAUAAUUUUUUACCAGUAAAUAUGAAAUGUAGCUACCCAAAUUGUUUGGAUGCAUAAAUCUUUGAAAACAAGGUGAGUUUUAAAGUCUGUAGCACAUUUUGGUGUUUGGUUUGGACUGGGUGAUCCUGUGGGUCUUUUUCCUUGGUGAUUCUAUGAUUCUAUGAUUUUAAGGAUCUAUAAUUUUUAUUAACAUGAAUGUCUGAAUUUCCACUUUUAAAAGUAACUUCAGCACAGUUCAGGUUUCAAUGAUCUAAGCAGCUAAAGCUCUCAGGGAAACAACUGUGGUAUUCCUAUUAACCUAGACUUAAAAGCAUUAGCUUAUAAUUUAUAAAAUGCUACAGAAUUUUUUUUACAACACAUCUUCCCAUUCUCUUUAUCUGAAAGCACCAUUACUUCAGUACUAGUGGAUCAUAGAAAAGCUUCUCUGCUGGGAUUCUGUGCUUGACAAAAGAAAUAGCAAUGCUGAUAGAUCCUAUCUUAAACUAGUAGAAAUCUCAAACAUACAGUUAAGGGUUUAACCAGGGCUGAGAGCUUCAUACCCUUCCCCACCUAUAAGAUUUAUUACAAUUUGGAACCAUUUUGGAUUAAAUGUGACUACCUUCAGGAUAACUGUUACACAGCCUGAUCUGAAAUGUCAAAGGCUGAGACACUCUAUGCUCCAGACCAAAAUUAAGGACAGUAUGAAAACCAUACGCUCUUAAACCUGGGAUUCCUGAAAGUGGUUGCAAAGGUUUUUGACUGUGGUAGAUGCAAUGUUUUUUUCCUCCAUGCUUGAGUUUUUUCGCAGUCAUGCUGCAUCGUGCAAUUAAGUAUCAUUCCACUCAGAUGCAGAAUUGAUAUAUUGAUAAAGAAACUUGACUGAACCUGAGAUAUGACUUAGUGGUGGCCUAUUUUUUGUGUUCAGCUUCAUGCUGAGAUGGUGGAAAAGUAAGGGGAGUCAAAGGACUUAGUGUAAUGAACUUGGGAAAAUAAUUUGGUUCUUUUUACUUGUGCAGUGUGAAGCAUUACAAACUAACACAUGCAUGAAUGUUUGGGUAAAAUAAGGACCUUGAAUGUCAUAAAACUGUAAAUUGGAAAACAAUUAACUUGCUGAUGAGAAUGAUCACAGAAGAUUUUGGCUUAGUGCUGUUGUUUUGUUGUAAUGGUCUUCACACUAUUUACACUGCUAGCACACUAAAAUCUAUGCUAUUCGCUACGGAAAAUAAAUAUUUGACACU